CUCGCUGCUGAUCAGAAGCAAUGUGAGCGUUUCGGAGGCUCUGUGCAAACGUAGUGAGAUUGACAUAGAGAUUUCUUUAACGAGCGCUGCAAACGGGGGCGGACUCCGGUAUUCUUCGAGAGACAAGAGUACUGGACCCUGGGAAUAUGGAUGUGCAUCAUUUUGUGAGGAUUGGGAACGUUUGUAACCGACGCUGAAAAAUAAGAAACGUUAAAAGUUUUCAAGGACUUCCCACGCCCUAUUUGAGGCUACCAAUUUUCUUGUCUGUGAUCGAUUACUGAGAAGCCAAAGCGACUUUGUCCUCGGCCAGAGUUGAAGCCGCCCUAACUAUACAUUGAUGUGAAAACUGGAAACGAUGAUUUUAACACAGAUUGAGGCCAAGGAGGCAUGUGAUUGGCUGCGGGCUGCAGGCUUCCCCCAGUAUGCCCAGCUGUAUGAAGAUUCUCUGUUCCCCAUUGACAUUUCUUCAGUGAAGAGGGACCAUGAUUUUCUGGAUCGAGAUGCAAUUGAAUCUCUUUGCAGACGAUUGAACACUCUGAAUAAGUGUGCUGUGAUGAAACUAGAAAUCAGCCCACAGAGAAAAAGAAGCGAAGAUUCAGAUGAAGAUGAGCCUUGUGCUAUCAGUGGGCGAUGGACCUUCCAGCGGGACAGUAAACGAUGGUCACGGGUGGAGGAACUUGAUGUUUUUCCACCAGCAGAGGUUACAAAUGGUAUCUCUGUUGAUGAAGCUUUGCUGAAAAAUGCAAUGAGUCAUGAGAGUGUACUAACUGAUCUGAGUGAACGGCAAGAAGUGGCAUCAGUUCACAGUGCCAGCAGCGCAGAGAGCAAUGGCAUAAACAUACGAAAGAACAUAGACACCACAAGGACAAAUUCUGAGAUCAGUGUCAUUUCCUCAGGGACCUCGAUUAACAGUGUUGAAACACCUAGUACCCUCCCUUCGCCAAAGGACAUCUCCAGUUUUACUUUCAGUGCAAAAACUGAAAGGAACACAAAAUCUAAAGCCAAGAGCUUCUUAAAGAGGAUGGAGAGCCUGCGCAUCAAAAGUUCUCACAGCAAAAAGAAACUUCCUUCGAAAAAUAACCUGGUCAUCAGUGGACCUGUACUCCAGGAAGGCAUUGAUGAGGAAAAAUUGAAACGCUUGAACUGUAUUGAGAUAACUGCACUCAAUGGCAACCAUAUGAAUUCUUCAGUGGUACGAAGUCAAACUGUUUCUUAUUCAACGCAGACAAGUAGCAGCAGUAGCCAGUCAGAGACAAGUAGUGCAGUCAGCACGCCCAGCCCUAUCACCAGAACUCGUAGCCAUAGCACUUGCAAUAAGCGAAGUGGAAUGUAUUUAGAAGGCUUUGACCCUUUCAGUCAAUCAAUGCUGAAUGACACCAGACAACAAAACUUAAAGAAUCAGAAGGCUGUAGAAGAGGACAUCAUUUUCUAUAUACCAGAGGAUCACAAGCCAGGCACCUUUCCAAAAGCACUUUCAAAUGGCAACACUUCCCCUCCAGACAGCACUUCUGUGAACUGGAGAAAUGGAAGUCUUCAUGGUCAUAGACACUGUAGCCUGACUCGAGAGAACAGUGCUGACAGCUCAAAGGAGUCUAGUUUCGGACGGAGACGAAACUCGUGCAGCUCUGCAGGCAGCUGCCUUAGUAUCUAUGACAAUGUGCCUGGGUCCCAUCUUUAUUCCAGCACCGGUGACCUGGCAGAUCUAGGCAAUGAGGAGGACAUUUUCCCAGAACUGGAUGACAUUCUACACCAUGUCAAUGGACUACAAAGGAUUGUAAACCAGUGGUCAGAAAAGCUCUCUGAUGAGGGAGAUUCAGAUUCAGCAAUGGAUUCCAUUUCUCCCUGCCCAUCUUCCCCCAAACAAAUACACCUGGACAUUGAAAAUGGAAGGGUCUCCCCAAGUGAUAUUGACAGUACUGGGAACUCCAUCACUGAGACAGAGGAUCAAUCAGUAAUCCGCGAAAGGAGGGACUCGGGUGUUGGUGCAUCACUGACAAGAUCUAACAGACGACAGAGAUUUCGCUGGGGCAGUUUCCAGAUCUCACAUAGACCAAGCUUAAAUUCAGCAUCCCUGCAAAUCAACAGCCAAUCUGUGGCUCAGAUGAACCUGCUGCAGAAAUUCUCUCUCCUGAAGCUCACCGCCCUCAUGGAGAAAUAUUCACCUUCUAAUAAGCAUGGUUUUAACUGGGCUGUCCCCAAGUUUAUGAAGAGGAUCAAGGCUCCAGACUACAAGGACCGUAACGUUUUUGGGGUUCCUCUGCUGGUAAAUGUCCAGCGCUCAGGGCAGCCUCUCCCUCAGAGCAUUCAACAAGCCAUGCGCUACCUCCGCAAUCAGUGUCUGGAUCAGGUUGGUCUAUUUCGGAAAUCUGGAGUCAAGUCCCGGAUUCAAGCCUUGCGGCAGAUGAAUGAAACUUGCACAGACAGCAUAAGCUAUGAAGGCCAGUCAGCAUAUGAUGUGGCAGACAUGCUUAAACAAUAUUUUAGGGAUCUGCCUGAGCCACUGAUGACCAGCAAACUCUCAGAGACAUUUCUUCAAAUCUACCAGUAUGUCCCAAAGGAUCAGCGUCUCCAAGCAAUCCAGGCUGGCAUCAUGCUGCUGCCUGAUGAGAAUCGUGAGGCCCUGCAGACGCUCCUGUAUUUCCUUAGUGAUGUCACAGCCGUGGUGGAUGAAAACCAGAUGACACCUACAAACCUGGCAGUGUGCCUGGCCCCUUCAUUGUUUCACCUCAACACACUCAAGAGAGAAAACUCAUCUCCCAGAGUGAUACAGAGGAAACAAAGUUUGGGUAAACCUGACCAGAAGGACCUGAAUGAAAAUUUGGCUGCUACGCAAGGUCUGGCCCACAUGAUCGCUGAGUGCAAAAAGCUUUUCAAGAUUCCAGAGGAAAUGAUGAGCCACUGCCGUAACUCUUAUAUGGAGCAGGAUUUGCAGCCAGUUAGUUUGGAAGAGCUGGGCCAAACCAGCCAGGAUGAGCCCUCAGACUUCCAAAUUUAUCUGCAGAAUGACAUCGAUAGUCUGCUGAAGGAGGCUAAAGAUAAAUUCAAGGGCUGGGUCAACUGUUCAACAUCAGAAUCAGCAGACCUGGCCUACAAGAAGGUAUGCGAUGGGCCACCUCUGAAAUUGUGGAAGGCUUGCAUUGAGAUUCCUGUUGCACCAGAAGAUGUUCUCUGGCGGAUAGUACGCGAUCGCCAACUCUGGGACGAUGACCUUCUUAGUUCAAAGGUCAUUGAAAGUUUAAAUAGUCAAACGGACAUCUAUCAUUACGUGCAAACCAGCAUGGCCCCACACCCGACCAGAGAUUAUGUGCUUAUAAGGACUUGGAGGACCAACUUACCCAAGGGGUGCUGUGCAUUGGUGGCCACUUCAGUGGAGCACAAUGGGACGCCUGUAGUUGGAGGAGUCCGAGCUAAUGCUCUUACCUCACGAUAUCUAAUCGAACCCUGCGGGUCAGGAAAAUCCAAGCUCAUCUAUAUGUGUCGAAUAGACACAAGGGGACGGAUGCCAGAAUGGUACAAUAAAGCAUUUGGACACUUGUGCGCAGUGGAAAUUGGUAGAAUACGAGACUCUUUUAAUAUUCCUGGCUCCGACAGUCAAGAAAGCAAGCAUUAGGAAACAACUUCCAAACAGCUUACAUCUUAACUCUGAAGCACAGGGCUGCAAAGAACAACCAUCCCUUCCAAGGAAACUGUGGUGGACCCAAAUUUAUACAUUUAUAAUGGAGGCCUACACAAUCAGAUCUUUGGAAUUAAUUAUUUUAUUUUUAAUAGAAUUCGUAAUUAUGACUGUAGCGAUAUACUUUCAAAAAGCUGCUUGAUUCGAACAUGAUGGCUGUUAUAUAGGCCUUUACUGGAAUAGUUGGAUGGGACUAGUGGUCCUUUGAAAAAGUGAAGUGCAAAAAUGGUUUGCACUCGCUUGUUUAGGGGCCACAAUUGCUUCUAUGAAGCAUUAAGCAUCUUGUGUAAUAUAAGUCAUGUGUGUAUAAAGAAUAACCUGGGGUGUGUUCACGUGAUUUGCUAUUUUUAUAUUUCAUUCUAUAUCUUCAUAGUCUAUGACCUACUGCUAUAUUUUCCAGAGUUGUGUAUUGCUGUUGUGCUUGCUUGGUUCAGUUAUGGUGCAUCUGGAGCAGUGUGCUUGAGCGUGUGUUUCUGAAGAGCUGAAAUGUGAGAGAAUGGGUAAGGAACGGUGUCUGGUACACUGCUUGUUUGGAAGGCACUGCCAUGGCAGAAUAAUGUCCAUCAACCUAAGAGUUUCCAGUGAAGUUAAGUUUGUCAAUAUGGUAUUUAAGUGAAAGACAAUGAAGACCACUUUAGAGCCAUUUUUUUCCCACCAGGACUUCAUUUUACCUCUUUGUGGAUUCUAACAGGUUACCACUUCUAUCUCCCAAUAACACAAUCCAGUCUGUACUGUCAGGGAUUGGAAGAGUGUUUGAUUAAAAUAAUGUAGGAGCUUUGACAAUCCCUCUUAAACUCAUAGCUGGACUCCAGCUACUUUUUAAAUGUGGAAAGGCUCUUUUUGAUUAAUGAGUGAUAUCCUUAUCCUUUGCAUUUCUCACUAAAUGAGGGCUUACAUGGUCCUAAAACCUACGGGGACAAAAAUGCAUCUUUUAAACAGUGGCAUUUACUACAACAGAACAUGAAUAUAUACAACCACACUGUACUAUGUUUUUAACAAUCAGUGUGGAGUUUGUCCUCUCUCAGGCAGACAAUAACAUUGAAAAACUGCUGAUGCCGUGGAGUGAAAAGUGUUGCAUCCUUCAAAAGUGAUAUUAGAAAUUGCCAAGAAACAAAAAAUUCUAGGCCAAAUGUUGUAAAUUAUAAGGGACCUGAUGCUCUGGUUUUUAUGUUGUGAAAUGUUAACUUUUUCAUGAGCAGUCAGGAGAAAGAAUUCAAAGCUUUUCAUCUUGCAUUCAUCAGAAUUACAAUACAAGAAACAGGCUUGAAAAUAAGCGUUCACCAACUUUUGCAGCAUGAGAAAAGGGUGCUGAUUGGUUAGGCCAUCAUUGGCAUGGAGAUGCAGCAAUAAGAGUUAACUAUCAAUCUUAAUUCUCAGACCAGGCAGGCAGAUUUUGAUUGGUCAGCGUGUUGCCAUUGGAUUGCGGCAGAUUGGCAUUCUCCAUGACCCCUUUUACUUGCCCCUGAGUGAGAUGCAAUGCAUAUACAAAUUUCUUCUACCUACAUAAAACAGGGUGCUGUUUAUUAAAAGAUGCAACUUUUAGCACAUGCAAAUACUAAAAUAGUUUCAGAGUAAGUCGCUGCUCUUUCUCACUGUUUGAUUCCCUCUGAAGCAGAAAACUGUGUUGGGUAUUUUUUUUUCUGUUAUUUAUACUACAGUUGAACAGAUUUUGCUGAAAAACUGCAUGACUCCAAAAUUCAGGAAACCAUAGUUCACCCAAAAUGUUGAAACACGCCUUUUUCCAUCUGCAGUUGAUCUGCUAAAGUUUGGGCUCCGGUGAGAUUCCUUAACUGUCAUGAUGGUGGUGUACGUGCCAAUCAUGGUGCAUCUGGUGCACCUACAGUUAACGUUAGGUGGAAUAUGCCAAGAUCUUCCUGGAAGUAGGUUAUAGGUGGCCUUCAUUGGAGGGGACCCACCCCAUAAAAACGUAAGAUAACACGGUGAUCACUGUACUGAAUCAACGAUCCUGAUGUCAUGACUUUGGACCUUUUGCAGGGUAAUUUAUGAAAAGUGAACUUGUUAAUUCUAAGAAUAUUCAGCCUGGCACAAGGAGCAAAAUGACCAUGAAAGCUAUUGAUUACAGUAAAAACCCAGCUACUUCUUGAUUGACCCUUUCCAAAGAGAACUUGCCACCCAUAAUGGGUACUGUUUAGGUGUGCCUCCAGUCCCACACUGGCCAACAAAUACCCCUUCUGCAAGAAGUUCAAUCCACCACCAUUUUGGCACAUUUGGGAUUGUGAAAUAAAUGCAGCCAUGCCAAUGGUGCCCAUUGUCCAGGCAAAGCCCAAAUAGGUAAUAAAAGAAAUACUCAAAACUAUCUGUUGAAUUUUUGCAGUCAGGAUUUUCAGGUGGGCCCCACAGUGGUAAAACCAAUAUGUCUGAUCUCACCCGCAUCAACGACAUGCCAGGUCUCAAAAAGGGUUGGAGGUUUACAACUCCAAACAUUUAGAAUCCUUACAGAGGCUUCAUUCCCACAGGGCCCUCUCUGAAACUUCAGCUAAAGGAAGAAUCUCGUCUGGCAAAGCCCUACCAAUAUUAUAGUGGAAUAUCUGCCAGACUGGACCUUAUUUCCAGGACCCAUGUGUUAAUACAGCAUUUUAAUUAGUGAUUUGUGGCAUGAAUGUUGUUGUUUUUGUGGGUUCACAAAUAUGAUAUCACAUUUACAACCUGCCUGCUUCAAAACAGUUCCUCGGCAUGUGUCUGAGCUGUAAUUUGCAAAACACUUCAGAUUGAGUUGUGGCUAUAUCACAAAUGGGUGACAAAGUUCUACGUAAUAUAUGCAAAGUUCUUACCACGUGUGCUAUUGGGUGUAAAAUACAUUUUGUAACAGAAUAAACAUUCCUCAGUUCCCAUCUAUUAUUUACUGGAGUAUGUCAUUUACAUGUUAUCAAAUAAUAUUUGUAAUAGUACGUAAUUGGAAAAUCCCAAACUCUUUCUCGUGAAACUAUUCUAACAUGUUAAAAAUAACUUUUAAAGUUAAAUUUUUAAUCUGGUUUUGUUUUAUUUGUUUUGUUUUCAUUCUCACCUACCAAUCAUCAGAUGUUAUUAACAAUCUUGCUGAUUACAAGUGGUCUGUAUAUAAAAGGUGGUCUUUCACAUAGGUUUCACUGCAAGAUUACUAUUUGUUUGAGGGUUUAAAUGGAAUGUAGUUAAAAGUUAAUACAAAACUGCUAUUGGGAACUCAAUGACCCUUUUUAAUAUAUGGGUGCUGGAGCCCUUAAUGAGCAGAAAAUCAAAGAAGGAUUUAUCUAAUAUGGUUUAAAAUAUUUACCUUUCAGUGUUAUGUAAAGAGCUUUUAGUAAAAUUUGUGGCAAUAAGAACAAUUAUAUCAAUAAUUAUUUCAGUGUUAUCCCUUCACUUUAAAACGCUUACUUUCUGUGUGUUUGUUACCAAAGUUCAAUUGAUAUUUGUAGAAUUUGAUGUCAUUGUAUAUACCAUUGUAUUGUAAACUUCUGUUCAUGUCUAGCUGCAUACUGCCAAAUAGGGAUAACGCAUGUUAUUAAUUAUUUAAAUAUUCACAUAUUUAUACCUCAAUUAUACUUUUUUGUACCUCUUUUUUAAAAAUUGUAAAUAUUUUACUCUCCAAAUGCUAAGACAUAAAGAACCAAGAAAGUGUUUAUAUCUUUGUUUGUCUGUACAGUUAUAACCAUCAAGUGCACUAUUAAAUGUGUCAAAUUAGAAUAAUCA